GAUUGUUGUUUAAAAAUGGCCUCUCACCUGAGCUCGGGUAGAGUGAAUUUGUUACAGUUGCGUGAAAAAGCGCGGAAAGGACUGUUUGAAUUACUAGACAAAUAUGUAGGAGAAAAGGCUAUUGUAUGGGAUGUACACCUAGAGGAGCCCUUUGGCCUCAUCUCAGAGUACAUGUUGCUACAGGAACACAAUGUCAGGAAAAUGUUCCACCUUCUACCAAACUGCUCUAUCAAAACGGAUGCGCAGCACAUAAUCUUCAUGGUUCGACCAAAGCUUGAGCUCAUGGAUGUCAUUGCAGAGCAUGUACUCGUGGAGGAAAAAUCGAGGAACCCCAAAAAGGAGUUCUACAUCUUCUUUGUACCACGGAAAAGUCACAUAUGCAUGAGAAAAUUGCAGGAACGUGGCGUAUACGGAGCCAUUCAUUUUGAGGAAUAUGCCUUAGAACUUUUUCCAGUCGACAGCGAUGUCCUUUCGAUGGAAAUGGAUUUUGCAUACAGGGAAUGCCACAUCGAAAAUGACACAACGGCGUUGUAUCAUGUUGCCAAAGCUCUUAUGACUCUCCAGUCUCUUUACGGUGUUAUACCAAACGUCCACGGAAAAGGAAAAUAUGCAAAGAUGGUGUUUGACAUGAUGCUACGAAUGAGGAAGGAAUUAUCAGGAAGCGAACCGCAGAUUGUUCCACAGAUAGACACCCUUCUGCUCAUCGAUCGUUCCAUCGACCUGCUAACACCAUUCGCUACACAGCUCACUUAUGAAGGUCUUCUCGACGAGAUCUUUGGAAUCCAUAACAAUAUCAUCAAGCUUCCUCCACAUAAGUUCCAAGACCAAUCUGAGGGAGAGGCACGCGAAAUUCAGCCAGAACGAAAACAGUUCUGCCUCAACUCGUCAGAGUCGCUCUUUGCGGAGCUGAGAGAUAAGAACUUUAAUGCGGUUGGGCCCAUGCUCAGCUGGGAAGCAAGGAAUCUCUCCUCACAGUUUGAGGUGCGGCACGAAGCAAAGACAAUAGGAGAGAUAAAACAGUUUGUAGACCGUCUCCCGACAAUGCAACAGAAAAGGAGAUGGCUUGCGAACCACACUUCCAUGGCGGAACUUAUAAAAGAAGUCACUGAUAAGGAAUCAUUCUUCGACCUGCUCGCUGUUGAACAAGAGUUCAUGAACGGUAUAGACACUGACAAGAUAAAUCCUCACAUUGAAGAAUGCAUUGCGAGAGAGGAAAGCAUUUAUAAAGUCCUCAGGCUGAUUUGUAUGCAGUGCUUUGCAAAUAAUGGGUUGAAACAGAAGGUGUUGGAAUACUAUAAAAAGGAAAUAUUGCAGACAUACGGGUUCCAGUACAUACUGUGUUUGAAGGACCUCGAAAGAGCAGGGUUGCUUUACCUGCAGGGGACCAAGACGUACUCAGUCACGCGCAAGACGUUAAAACUCACAGUCGAGGAUGUGAAUGAGCAGGCUCCCAACGACAUCUCCUACGUGCACAGUGGGUACGCCCCUCUGAGCGUUCGCCUGGCACAGUUCCUUGCUCAGCCGGGAUGGCGUGCCAUUAACGACGUACUCAAACUACUCCCUGGCCCCACGUUCACUGAAGUUCAGCAGAAGCCCAUGGGGAUGAGGCGCAGGCGAGGGUCAAUCUCGUCGUUGCAGUCGAGCACGGAUGAGCAGAAGGUGACCCUCGUAUUUUUCCUCGGCGGAUGUACGUUUGCCGAAAUAUCUGCGCUUCGUUUCUUGUCUCAGCAAGAUGACGCACCAGUCGAAUACAUUGUAGCCACAACUAAGCUGAUCAACGGAACCACAUUCCUUAAGUCCAUCAUCGAGCCAGUGAAGCUCUCGCAGUGACUACAAAGCCAAUUUACAUUGUUAGAUAUAAAUUGUAUGCAUGUAUAUUAAAUCUUCCAUGUAAAUAG